AAACUUAUUUACUUUAAAACCGAUAGAAUUGUAUGUAUAUGUAGUUUGAAUGAUUUCAUCUAAAUUGUGAUAUCAACCAUAUAUUGGGUUGGUUAUCUGUUGGUUUUAUUAAUGAAUUUAUCAACUUGGAGAAAGUAACUAUUCUGUAAGUAUCUCUUAAAUAGUAUAUGUAUAUAUCUAAUUACUGAAACUCCUUGGUGUGUAAAAAGAGGAUCCAAUGAUAUAUAUUAAACACUAAUUAACCCUAUGAGUUUAUAUUAUACUCAAAAGGAAUAUAUUUAACGAUAUGGUUUCUUCUUUUUAUUUGAAAAGUAAAAAUGAUGAUUUUUUGUUUUGUUUUCAACCGUACGAAGUUGCCCUAGAUAAAACCUUAACUAUGCCAUUAAUUAAUUAGGUAGAAUUUGAGAUGAGGAAGACAAGUGUAGCUAGUAUAACGUAUAGAUCCAUGUGCGAGUUUUCCGGUUCAGUUGUUACCACGUGUCAAACUAUGGUCCCUCGAAUGUGCAGGACAGAGUAAGUCGUGUUGAACUGAUAGGAUGAGAGAAAUAAAGGACAGAAGAGUUGUAUAUAGAGAGAGGGAGAGAGUUCUUUGAUUGGUUUCGCUUUGCUUUUUGCUCAGUGAUCAAGUUUUUCACUUUGGUUUCACAAAAUCUGUCCAAAACGACGAACAUAAAUUCUCUGCACAUUCGGCGUAAAAGAAAUCUAGAGCAAGUAGUCUCUCUCUUUCGUCACCCCAACCACUCAUCUACCAAGUUUGAACACAUUCUGUAGGGGAAGAGAGAUGUUUUAAGAGCAUUGAAAGAAAAGAGAAGACCCCGAUCGGGGUGCCUAUAUCUUCAUGGUAAUUAGGGUUUCUGAUUGAUUUUUAAUAUCAUACUUCUAACCCAGGUUUCAAGGAGGAGCUAGUUGGAGUUUAAAAAUGGCUGGGAUAGGAUCAUCAAGAAACAACGAAGAAGACAAUCAGCACAAGACAAAUUGGCUUUGGUACAGAAACACAGGUAGCUCAAAUACGAGCCACAAUAAUCAGCAGCAGAUAUGGCAGCAGCAAAGCCUCGAUCUAUAUCCUGGUCAGAUCAACGUCUGUGAUGUGACUACGUCAUCAUCAAGAUCCGUAACCAUAAGUUGUCAAGACUGUGGAAACCAAGCCAAGAAAGGUUGCACACAUAUGCGGUGCAGAACUUGUUGUAAGAGCCAAGGGCUCGAUUGUCCCACUCACGUGAGGAGCACAUGGAUCCCUGCCGCCAAACGCCGUGAGCGGCAGCAGCAGAUAGAGACGCCAACAGGAAAUCGAAAUGGCCGUGGCUGCGGAGUUGGCAAUAUCCCAAAACGGAGUUGGGAUCUACCGGAUACCUUAGACUCGCCAGAGAUGGAUGGGACAGCAUUUCCAGAAGAAGUGAGCUCAGAUGCACAUUUCCGGUGCGUUAGAAUGAGCGGCACAGACGACGGAGAAAGCCAAUUUGCUUACCAGACGACCGUGGGCAUAGCUGGUCACGUCUUUAAGGGAAUUUUAUAUAGCCAAGGCCCAGAAAGCAUGAUGAUGCCUGGUACACAAUUCCAUGAGAACCCAUCAAGAUCUUAAUUGUUGCAUACACUUUUUUUUAAAUGUAAUAUGUCGUAUGUUAUGUAUUUUUUUGAAAUAUGUCUAUAAGAGCUUUGCUACUUUUAUAUUAGCCUAUAAUCAUUAAUAAAUGAUUACCUGAUGAA